CCACCUACAAAUUUGACUCAACCACAAGCACUUCGGCACUUCAUCCAACAUCAAGACACUUGCUUCCAUUCUUACAAACCACGACUCCCACUUCUUCCAAUGCCUACAUCAAUCUUUCUGGUUGUUUACUACUCGAGCCUUUCCUCGACGUUCCCUCCAUACUCUUUGGCGGACGUCGUUCGUCAGGGACGCGCCUCGACCUACAUCAAGAACACCGAGAGAUUCAUCUACGCUACGACCACCGCGCAGGAUCCAACUUCCAAAGAAAUAAGCUAUGAGAUCAUGAUCGAAUUUGCCAAAGGUCCGCAUCCCGAGGGCAAGAUACUAGGAGCCUACCCAUCACAAGAGGAUGCCAAGAAUGUCCUGCAGGACAUCAAACAGGACUUCAUCGGAAGUGAGAAGGGGAUUGUGGCUGGGUCCGACAUCCAAACAAAUGAAGCCUCCAAUACAACAGACACUCUAACGAUGGCUGACGCCGAUGAUUCAGACGAAGAUUCCGAUGAGACCUAUAAUCAUGGUGCAGAUCGCGUCUUCGCAAUUAUGGACUUGGAAAUCACGAUGAAUGAUGGAAAGGUUCAUGGAUCCGUCAAAGAGGAGAGAUCACUCCAGUAUGAGUGA